AUGUCAUCACAGAAAAUAGACUUGCCGAGGCAAGGGGCUACUUGCACGCUCUCGAUCAUUGACACGACAUGUCAUCUCACAGUUCCAGCAGACACUUUGGUCGAACCUACAAUACCAGGACACGAACUGAUGAACUUCCCCACGUUCUCAUUCCUCAUCAACCACGACACCACGGGGAAGCAGCUACUCUUCGACCUGGGAUGCCGAAAGGACUUUUGGAAUUUGCCAGAUCCCAUCGCAAAGACCAUCGAUAAGAGAGUUCCUGGGAUCAAGGUCGAUAACAACCUAGCCGAUAUUCUACGAGAAGGUGGCCUUGACCUCUCCAAAAUUGACGCAGCAAUAGUCAGCCACCACCAUUACGAUCACAUUGGGGACCCAAGUACGUUUCCAGAGACCAUGGAUCUCAUCAUCGGUCCUGACUUCUCCCAGCAUUUCCUUCCUGGCUACCCAGCAAACCCCAACUCACCAGUCCAUGAGUCAGCCUUGAAAAAUCGUGAGAUCAGAGAGAUAAGCUUUAAUCAACAUCUUCAUGUGGCAGGAUAUCAGGCUAUGGACUACUUUGGCGAUGGAAGUAUGUAUCUUCUCAACACCCCUGGCCACGCCAUUGGUCAUCUCUCUUCCCUGGUCAGAACGACUAGCGACACAUUCGUGUUUCUUGGAGGAGACAUAUGUCACUUUGGAGGGGCUUUCAGACCAACUGAGAAGACCAAAAUGCCUAGAGAGCUCGCAAGGGACGAGGUUGGUCUGCCCUCUUCUGCACCAGAGGUUGUAUCAAGCCAGCGAUACUUAUCAUGCCAUCCAAACCCGGCUGAGGCUAGCUACACUCCAUACUACCAGCCAUGCAGCCAUGCCGACUCUUGGUACGUCAAUCCGUCAGAGGCACAUAAGAGCGUGAAUACCCUCAUGUCCUUGGAUGCGAUCGAUAAGGUGUUGGUCCUGAUCGCGCAUGACCCAUCCAUCGUGGGAGUCCUCCCAAUGUUUCCCACCGCGACCCUCAAUAAAUGGUAUCAAUUCGGAUGGAAAGGACUACUGCGGUGGAGGUUCCUGGAUCAGCUCCCAAUAAACGGACAGCCUCGACCGUGUCUUGUUGAUGGGACUUAUAUAGCUGGAACGCGUGUGAAGACACUGGAUGGAACGAAAAUUUAG